AUGAAUCGGCCAAGCUCUAUGGAACUUUCUCAACCUCCCUCCAACAAUCACUUUCAUGGGGUUGGCGGUAACGGUUAUCCUAUUCAAGUGUCUUAUGGAGGCUGGCAGCAGAACACUCCAGUCUCCCGACUUUCUGCUCCACGAGGCAUGGCGUCUGGCAACUGGAGAGGUUCUCAGCCAUCUGCAAACCCCAUGAACAGCUCUGUCCCCGGUGCUAAGCACUCACUCAUGAAUUCUCCAACUCAACCCUCCUCUUCUUCCAACAACGGCGGCGGGCCUGUGAGCAUCUCCGACUGCCUCAACGGUUAUGCGUACUGUGUAAAGCGACCUGACGGGCUAUACACAAGACUGAUUCCGGCAGACAUGGUCCCAACCCUCAUCGAGCUGCCUGCUACUCAGACCAGCGCCCAAGGAAUGGUACUGCUUCCGGAUUUGCACAUGCAGCCCCCACAAGGGGUUCCUGGGAUGAAUCAGCCUGUCACAUUCAAGGCUCCAACUGGCCCAGCAUCUGAUAUCCUCCAGACCAGGAUUGAUCGUAUUGUUGCAACAUCACCUACUCAACAACGCAGAACCAAGAUCUAUUGUGACAAAUGGAUCCACGACGGCACCUGCGCCUUUACUCAGCAGGGUUGCAAAUACAAACACGAAAUGCCCUUCGACAAGGCUACGCAGCAAUCUCUGGGCCUGUUUCAUGGGUUCCCCAAGUGGUGGCGAGAUCACCAGGAGGAGCUUCAGAAGCACCGCAAUCGAGACUUGCAUGCCAGUAGCAGUCAAGUCAUCCUUCAGUCUGGCUGGCGAGAUGAUGGCAAUGAGGAUGUCCCUCAGACCGCGACAGUCCUGGCUACCAUUGGCCCGGAGAGAAAUCAGAAAUCAAGCAAGAAAAAUCGCCUCUCUCAGACUCGCGAGGGGCUGCCUAGUGCUCCAGCAUCUGAGAAGCGCUCACUAACAGGGUCGGAGGCUGAAUGGUUCAUGGGCUCGACAGCAAUCCAGGGCUGGAACGGAUCUUCGCCUCGCCGCUCUUCGGUCUCAGCUGGUCAUUAUAUUCGCUAGCGGCUGUGUGUUGGGCAAACAAGCUACCUAUACGAAAACAAAGAAAAAGGAACACGCCGACUAGACUCUCGACAAGUCGAUGUACUAGAAAGACAAGUAAUUGGAAUGAAUCCUGUGGUUUUAUGUACCUGCUGGAAAAUUUGUUGAAGUUCGGUCCCAACGGCUGUUCGAUUGAUGUGUUGUCCAGCAACUUAGAUAUUACUUUCUUUUCUGUUUGAUCAUUUCAUAUUAGAUACGAACUCAAUCUUUAGUAUAAUCUUCCAAAGGCAAUCUCUGGGACGCUGCGCUGAGGCUUGCUUCAUAGACAGCUGAAUGACCUC